CAUGUGUGGAUGUAAGUUUCUCUGUUUGAAAUAUCAUGGGACUCGAUAAUGGAUCAGCUCUGAUAGAGGGAGAAGCUCUUGAAACAUCCACAGGUUCACUCAGUCACUACAGACAGCUGACUCAUUACUUAUCUCUGCUGUGUUUUCUGAUCACCCUGGUCACUCUGCUGCUGACGCUCUGCUUGGUUCAGAUCAACAUCAUGUUUCAGUCGCAGUCGGCUCUGCAGGAAACCAAACUGAGAGACCUGACAAACGAGUUGGAGAUGCUCAACCGCUCACACCAGCUCCUGUUCACCCAGUAUCCAGCUCUGAAUCAGUACUGCCCCGUCAGCAACUCCACCACUGGUGAGAGAAAGUGCAGGCCGUGUCUGGACGGCUGGGUGAGUCAGGGCCAGAAGUGUUUCCUGUUCAGCCAGAGCCGAGCAGACUGGAUCAGCAGUCAGUACCGCUGCAUGGCACUAGGGGGAGCUGUGGCCCUGGUGAAGACGGAGGAAGAGCAGGAGUUUCUGUUUAAAAUGGCCCAGAGUUUGAGCCAGGGAGACUCGUACUGGCUCGGCCUGAGGAGCAGCGGCGACGGGGCCUGGCAGUGGAGCGACGGCUCCCCGGUGGAGAAAUCACCACAGUUUUGGGAACGUCAGCCAGAUAAAGCGGGAGAUGGGAAGGAGCUGUGUGGUCGACUCAGUCCCGGGGACAAAUACUGGAGGAGCUGGCUGGUUUACAAAUGUUCCAGCCAGCUGAAAAGCAUCUGCGAGAGGAGGACGGCCAGUCUGCAGUGA